CUCGCACACUCUUUCGUCGUUUCAAGUAUACAGAUAUUACUGAAACGCAGUUACAAGUUCCUUUUUGGGCAGUGCGGCCGUACAACUUAUUUUUUACUGCCAUUACUUUUUCUGAAAAGACAAAGGCAAAUCUAAAAUUAUAUUCAAAUAAAGGCAUAAAGCGUUAGGAGAUCGAAAAUGUUUGGUUUCUGCGUUGGCAUUUGCAAAUAUGAGGCACCCCCACCCGAUACCAUACUAUCGAUGCCACCACCACCCUUACCGUCAUUUCUGUUGCCGAAUAUUGCCACUGCAGCAGCGCUUGUGGCAACUAACGACACCAAUCCAUGCUAUGCGCCCUCAUUGUGUAACCCCCAUCCAAAUCCCAACGAAGGCGAGGGCAUUGAAUUCGUCGAAUUAACUGGCACCGAUUCGAAAGUAUUGGAGAACACUUGGGUUUUAGGUCUCAUAUCGUGUUCGGUCGGUGUAAUUAUUUUAGGUGGACUCUUCGCGUUCAUUGUGUUAAAGUGCAGAAAAACGCUGUUCUCCAGCUGUAAUCUUUCUUAUCACGAUUCGAAUAUUAAACAAAGUGGCAUGAAAUCGUUGGGGGAAUCUUCAAAUAAAGCAAAGCCCUUUACGGCUGGUGGCAUCCUGUAUCCCGUUACUACGACCAAUAAUCGUGACACUUUGCAAUCGCAAUUGGCCAAUGACAGUCGCCUGCUUUGGGCCACAUUAACUCCGCAUGGCACUAGGCACUUCAUUUCGGACUAUCCAGUGGGUAAUGGUAAUGGAACUGUUGUGCAAGAUGGCCACUAUGAGAUUGUAGACUAUCGCUCUAAAGUGCAGAAUCCCACAUAUCGUGAAUAUACAAAACGUGUGCCGAUAAAGUCCUUCGACAACAGUGGCUUUGUCGACUAUGACUACGAAGAUCCGACACCACUUAUGGACUCCUAUCAUGACGACUUGGACUCUGGCUAUCAGGAACCACAGGAAGUACUACACACCCUACAACGUGUCUCACCACGCCCCGUAGUGUCAUCACCCACACGUAUUGAUAAUCCGAAUAUGGCACCGCUCAACUACUAUCCAUCCCACCGUUCCACUCAUCACCUAAACACCAAUACACUACAAUCGAAUCACUCAGCUGCCACUUUAAAUCGCAAAGCAACAAUGACACGUCGCAUAAGUGAUGCUUCAAUCUAUGGACCAGCUGCCGGCGCAGCACAGUGAAGUGGUAAGAGUGAAAUUACACAAGUUGUGUAGUGAAACGCACUCCAGUAUAGCUGGUAUAGUGUGGAAAAAAUGUUGAAAUUAUAAAAUCGUGGCUUCUGUUAAUAAAAGCAAAAAAGUCCAUGAAGGAAAUGUUAAAUUUGUAUCGUCAUAUAACAACACAUACAUACAACGAAGCGCGAAUUUGAAUUGGAGUUUGAAAAUUGGGCACUAAGCUACUACAUUGAGACAAAAUAGUGUUUGGUGUAUGAAAUAUAUUAUCAAAUGGUGUUUUUUAUAAAAAAUCAAACCAAAAUAAUUGACAUUAAAGCAAAUCAAAACCACAAAGCAUUUCGAUAUCAUUAAUAUGAUAUUUUCGUACUUAUGUAGUGUAUUAGAUAAGCAGUUAUUAUUAUAUUCCGCAUAUGUAUACACUAAAUAUAUCAUAUGGAAGCAAUAUUGUCGUGAAAAUCUACUAAACUUGCAUUACUCAUUGUAAAAUUGCAUUAAAAAAAAACUGAAAAAACUGCACUUCAGCAGGCAAAUCAGCAACCGCAAUACUAGAAUUGAAUUAUAAAAUACGCUAUUUUAUGGAAAAAAUAUAUUAUUGUAAUAAAAAAAGCUUACGCUUUAAAAUACCAGUUACGAACCAUAAGUAAAUAAAUAAUUAUAUUUUAAAAAUAGCUAAGCAAAUUCAUAAUGUAGCAAUGCUCUAUAUUUAAACAAUAUAGUAAAAUCAAAAUAUCACUGCAAUAGAACAUAAAUAUAAAUCGUGCAAUCGUUCAGUUU